UAUCAUAAAUAUCGCUUUUCUAAAUUAGUUGAUUCCAAUUUCAAAACACGGUAAUUCAAUAGCUCUUUUGUAAUUAUUUAUUGAACAGCCAUAUCUCGGACAUUUGCCAAGUGAAUGUAAAGUCGCAUUCGUUUAAUCAGAUAGUAAUAGUUAGAGUAAGUCGUUCCGCGUGAAGGAAAUAUUCAAUUUUAAUUUCAUUUAAAUACGUUUAUAAAAUAGUCUCUGAAAAAUAUGUAAAUACUUAUAAUUUCCUUUCGAGGAUUUCAUAUACAGAUUUUAAUUUAAAGUACAUGGUUUGAUAUAAUAAAAAAACCAAAAAACAAAAAAAAAACAAAAAAACAAAAAAAAAAAGAAAAAAAACAAACAAACAAAACUAAGACCAUGAUGAGUGAAAUGAAUAGACAUUUUGUUGGAAUAUUUGUUAUGUAUAUGUUGAUUGUGGAGCUUGGAAAUGCAAAGACGAUCAAUGAUCAAUGUAACGAAGAAAAAAAUAACACCGUGAUAUGUAAUAACAUACCUAAAAUGUUAUCCAAAAAAUACGAACAUGUACGUUUUGUAGAUUUUAAAAGAACAGAUAGAAGUAAUUCACUCAAUAUUUCAAGUUUCAUUCAUGAAAGCUGGGCAAAAGUUGAAACCAUCGAGUUCAACGACCAUACAUCAUUAGGACCUUCGUGUACCUUCUCUCGUGAAUCCUUUAAAGGAUUGGUAUCGUUAAAGGAAUUGAAAAUUCAUGUAAGAUAUAUUCAUCUUGAUGAAUACGCGUUUGUUGGAUUAUCGUCUGUCCAUACAUUGGAUGUCAGCAAUUGUAACAAACUUAAUGUACAAAAUGUUCUAAAAACUCUGAAAGUGAAAAGUGCUUUACCUGGCUUAAAGACUAUUAUCAUGUCUGCAAUAGGGUCGAUUAGUGAAAUAAAAAAUAGAAUUAAUAAGAAAGAUGUGGAUUAUAUAACACCAAGAAAAAUAACAACACUUGAUUUAAGCCAUCUUCAAAUGAGCUCUGUUGAUAUUGGUGCGAUAUUAAAAACAUUCCAUUCUCCUUCAUUCCUUUUGAAUGCAUCAUCUUCUAUAAUUUUUGAUAUAUUGGGAUUUUGUACCGUACAAAACUAUUUGUUUCAAAUAAAAGUCCUUGACAUAAGUCAUGCUGUCUUGCCAACAAGCGUUAUUCCACUUUUGCCAGGGACAUAUAAAAUGAAAAACAUGGUAUCAAAAUUUACAGAGGUUACAAAUAAUGAAAAUUAUUUAAAUCUUAAAAACACAUUUACACCUUCAGUUGUAAAUGUGAGCGGAACUUUGCCUCCUGCAACGUCAGUAUGGAUUUAUAACUGUACGCUUAUAGUUGAUGAAGAACUAGACUGGAAAGUUAAAAAACUCAUUGUAAGGAAUAACAAUUUGAAAUAUCUAGAUAUUAAUUUCGUAUGUCCAGACUUCAAACUAUCAUCCCUUUUUUAUCUAGACUUUUCAGAUAACGGGUUGGAAAUGAUACGUCCAAUCAAAUGUUUCCCUAAUUUAGAAAUAUAUGUACUAUCUAAUAACAAACUAUUUAAAAUGCUAGAAAAGAACCAACACCUUUUUGAAAAGUUGCUUGCUUAUCACAGUAGACUACGCAUAAUAAACUUAUCAAACAAUCAGCUUCCAAAGAUUCCUAAAGAAAGUUUUAAAUAUAACAAAGGAAUUGAAAUAAUUGACCUUUCAUCCAAUCAGCUUGAGCAAUUAGAUCUCGAUUUGAUGAACUUGUAUCACCUACGAGUGUUAGAUAUUAGUUAUAAUAACAUUAAAGUUCUAGACGAGAUUUCUAUCAACAGCCUUAAUGGAGUUCCCUGUGUAGGCAAUCACACAUCUUUCGGCAAUGGAUGUUUAGUCAAAAUAAAUUCAAACCCAUUUCUUUGUUCAACAUGCGACUACAAAUCUUCUAUCCAAUGGCUGGUUAGAUUGAAAUCGUUUAGUAGCGAGCAACAAGAUUUAAAAUGCACGUCUGAAGAUAAAACUGUCAUAAGUAUUGAUGAAUCUGUUACAAGAGGAAUUCAAAAUAUAUGCAACAGAAAACUGAUCAUCAUAACAUCGACUGUAAGCAUAUCUGUUGUUUUUAUGGCAGUUGGUGUAAUAUGUGUUAUUCUACACAAAAGAAAGAGGAAAUUAAAGCGGAAGAGGAACAUGGACAAUGUUAUAAAUAAUUUAAUAGCUGGCCAAGGACAGUAUGAGUUUGUUGCCUUUCUUUUAUAUAGUAGUGGCGAUUACCAAUUUGUAGAAGACCACGUGAUAAACCAACUGAACGAAAAUCUUAAAUUGAACAUUGGAACGGAUCGAAAUCUGAUAUGCACUGGAGACCAAUAUUUUCGACCUGGCUUUAAUAUUCAUGACGAAACAGAACUAUGUUUGGACAGAGCUUCUGUGGUCAUUCUUCUUCUGUCGAAUAACUUUUGUCGCAGCUCAUAUUGUCGAAACGAGUUUGAUCAGGCAUAUAUGCAGAGGAAACCUGUCGUUUUGAUGAUGUUAGGAAAUGUAGAGGAAGAGUUAAUGAUGCCUACGUUGAAAAACUUGUAUAAGAGAGACGCCCGCAUUUUAUGGAAAAUUGAAAACGAGCAAGUUGUUCUAAAUACCACAUGGGAAAAUAUAUGUUCUUCAUUGUUGGAAAAGGUGCAAGUUUAGCAACACUUUGAAUGAACACCAUUAUAUAAAACGCGUUGAUUUCUAGUUCAUGGUUUGCAUAGCAGAACAAAAAUUAAGAGUCCAACAAGAGAGUGAUUCCAUUAAAUCUGAAAAUAGGUAUUUGAUUUUCUGCUGAAUGUUUGGUAGACAGAAAUAUUAUGUCACUGUUAUUCUUCUUAAGAUGUGUACAUGUAUAUAAUUUAAGGUAUACUUUCAUUGCACUUUAAUGAUGUUUGUCGACACGAAAUUAAAAUAUUGUAUCAGUGCCAUCAAUAUUCCAACAAACAUUAAACAUGCAAAUUAAUCUAAUAUAACCGAAAAUCACUGAAUAUCUUUAAUAAAAUGUUACAAAAUUUCCCUUCUCAAAUUGAUCUGUAUAUACAUUUGUUCAUCAACACAUAUACAAAACAUAUACAAUACUGUAACUACAGAAAAGUAUGAUUAUGGAAAUGAAAACAUGCAUUAACGGACAUCGGACAUGUGCCGUUUUUACACAUUUGUUACUGUAAAGUGACAUCACAAAAGCAGUACAAAAACCGGUACCUUUAUUUUCCUGAUAUAUUUACACUCUAUAUAAACAAACACAGAAUGACCUGACCACAUGCAAACUUUUAUGCAGAACUAUCGCUGCAUUAACAUUUGCAGAAACCCUCGGAAAUUUUAUUCUCGUCCUGCGCGCUCAGGUUUCAAAUGCAAGUUCAUAUUUCUGCGUAUCAUGAUGCAUAUUAUGAUACAGAAUUACAUACUCAAUACUUCAUGCCAUUUGUUUUUGUACUUUUGUUUAAAAAAAGGUUGGCAUUUUUGUAUCAUAGAGUGUUAGAAAGUUACAAAGCCCUUCUUAUUUAAAGGACUUUUAAGGUAUGUAAAGAAAACAAUUUGAGAUCUAGUUAUUUUAGUUCUGUUUUGCCUUAAAAUGAUUCUCAGUGUUUUCAACAUUGCCACAAAAGUCUGGAAUAUUUUACCGUAAGCCUUAGGUCAAUCGAAAUAUUCAACCAUUUACAACGAAAUAAAAUGCAAAUGACAAAAAGUGAUUAACAUGUUUAUAUAUUACUUAACUGAUUUGUAACUUGUGUGAUAAUGUUUUACAUGUUGACGUUGUAUUUGUCAAUGCAUUAGUUUAUACGGAAUUAAUUUUAGCUUGAUUGUAUACAAUGAAUUUGUCAUAUCUAUGAAUUUCUUAUAAUAUUAAAGUGCACACCACGAACUGAUAGAGUUAUUAAUGUAAAAGUCAAUCCCUUAAAAUCUAAAGUUAUGUUUUUUUAAGAAUAGUUGGAAAUUCGCAAGGCAAAAACAUAUUUUAUAAUCAAAUUCUUGAAGUUGUCAGCAAUUUUAGUACGUUGGAGUAAUUUUAACCAAACAGUCACUCUGAAACAGAAUGGCAAAUGAACAAGAGUCAAAGGCAAAAAUAGUGCUAAUCUCUAUACUUUUACUUUAUAAAUCAGAAAUUUGGGGUAUACACAAGUCAGUACUUUCGGAACAAGUGGAGAACAAUGCAUUUAAGAAAUAUUAAAGUGUGAAAGAAAAAAACAAUGCAGGUAUUCUAUGUGUCUGUGGGCGAAUCCCUUUGUUUUUAAAUACUGCUAAAUACUGUAAGAUAUUGGUGUAAAAUAUUCAAAUCGGACGAGCACAGACUGGUUUAAAAUGUUUCCUAAUGCAGUUGUUUUAAAUGAAAUUUAUUGUGAAAAAAACUUCCUAUUUCUUUGGAUAAAUUCCUUUGACUAAUAUUUACAAGAACGACAAACUGUUAUAAAUAUUGAAUUUCUUAAUUGUAUGCAUAUAAACAGAUAAAAUGUAAUAUGAACAUGAAUAUUAAUUAUCAGUAGUGAAAAUUUGAAAAAAAAUAUGUUCUUACAAAAUAUCGGUGGUCCUCUUAUCAUUAAGGAAUUAAAAAGGUAAAUUCCGGAAUCUUUAGGAGAAGUAAAUUGAUAUGUAAAUUACGUCGCAAAUUUUGAAAUUGACAAUAUAAAUACAUGUAUAUAUUAUAGAAUAUGCUUAUUACAUUAUUGAUAUUACAUGUACAUUUAAGGACUGUAAAAUUUAAAUUUGCUUAGUGAAUUUCAUUGAAUUUUGAAACUGUACAGUUUUAAAUAAGAUUCUACAUUAAAGGAACUCCACAGAGGUCCAAUAGCCUAAAAUAAUAAAUUUUGAAUUUCUUUCUGAAAUCAAUAGGUACAUUAAAAUUUGAAACCAAGCAAGAGAUGAUACCUACAUAUACACGGCAUUAAAUUGAUAAUCGAUUUUAUGCGAUUUUUGACCGAUUUGAGUGAAAGGCGUUUAAACGGUUUUCAUUUAUUGGGCCAAUUUGCACAAUAAAAUUGAUUAUUUCUGGAAAACGCAGUGGACGAAUGAUUUGAAAUUUUGUACAUGAGUUAUUGGUCUAAACAUACAUCUACUUAUACAAAAAUCUUUGAAAAAUAUUUUCAGUCACUUUUCUUCAAAAAACCUCAGUGGUGUUCCUUUAAUGUUGCAACUUGAAUAUUUACCACUGCGGGUAAAGGUAUACGGUGAAAGUGUCCAAAUUUCAAUGUUCUACGUUACAUGACACAAUCGCCUUUAUUAUUAGACAAUAGUUUUUAUUUGCUUUAAUGCACAAAAUAGCGAUAAGUAAUUAUCUUACAUUUUGUUCUUUCUUUAAGAUCGAAAUUCAACUGGGUAAAAAAACAAUUUUACCAUAAUUUGUGUGUUUGUAAUACAAUCAUUGUUAUGUAUAUGUGCACCAUUGUACAUGGUAAUAUUUGAAUUAAAUUGAAUUGACAUUACGUAAAUGUUUUGAAGUGAAUUGUACAGAAGUGUGCAGUUUUGUAUUUGUCGAUUCAUGUCUUU